AUGACUUAUGGCAAAGAUAUUGAUGAAUGUGCUGAAAAUGUUUGUGCUCAACUCUGUGUAAACUCUCCAGGAAGUUAUAGCUGCUAUUGUGAUGGCAAGAAAGGGUUCAAACUCUCUAAGGACAGGAAGAAUUGUGAGUCUGUUACUGCGUGUAUCCCACUGAACCUUGAAAAGAAUUAUGAACUGCUUUACCUGGCAGAGCAAUUUAUAGGAAUUCCUGUUCUGUACUUGAAGUUUAAAUUGCCAAACGUCACGAGAUUUACAGCAGAAUUUGAUUUCCGGACAUAUGAUGCAGAGGGAGUUAUAUUAUAUGCAGAAUCCCUUGACAACUCUGCAUGGAUCUUGCUUGCUCUUCGUGGUGGGAAGAUUGAAAUUCAAUUCAAGAAUGAAUUUGGAACAAAAGUCACCAGUGGAGGCAAAGCCAUUAAUGAUGGACUGUGGCAUAUAAUAUCGGUUGAAGAGCUCGAACACAGCAUCAGUGUAAAAAUAGCUAAAGAAGCUGUGAUGAGUAUUAACAGCCCAGGAACCCUUUUUAAACAAUCACAGGGUUUCUUGGAGACCAAAGUGUACAUUGCAGGAUUACCUCGCAAAGUGGGCAAUGCUCUUGUCAAACAGAUUAAUCCUCGUCUAGAUGGGUGCAUUCGUGCCUGGAAUCUGAUGAAUCAGGGUCACUCAGGUGUGAAAGAAGUUAUUCAAGAAAAACAAAGCAAACACUGUUUAGUAUCAGUGGGGAGAGGAUCCUUCUACCCUGGCACUGGUGUGGCAACAUUUCAGAUAAACUAUAAUAAUCUUGACAGUCCUGAAGACUGGCUAAUAAACGUGACUAUGACUAUUCGCCCAUCCACAGACACUGGUGUUAUGUUUGCCUUGGUUUCUAAUGAAACAGUGCCUCUUGCUUUGUCCAUAGUGGACUCUAACUCCUCUGACUCACAGAAAAUCAUUGUGACCAUUGGAAACUCCACUGUUGCACAUCUGGAAUCAAAGAAGUUGUGUACACCCAGGAAAGUGCUGGUUGGACUUCUGGUAACCAAACAGCAGCUUGAACUCUCUGUUGAUUCCCACACAGACAGAAGCAAUUCAGAGCAACUGUCUAUCCUGCAUCAAGCUAUGAUGGCAAACGUUGUUACCUAUUUGGGCGGCCUGCCAGAUGUUCCUGUGGGUGCUACAUUAGUAACAGCGUUUUAUAAUGGCUGCAUGGAGGUGAAGGUCAACAACAGACAGCUGGAUCUGGAUGAAGCCAUUUCUAAACACAAUGACAUUAGAUCUCACUCGUGCCCACUGAUUAUGCAGUAGCCAUUCAAUUCUUAAUUUAACAUUUUUCUUUCAGAUAGAGUUUGUGCAAUUAGUCUGUUGUCAUAAUGAAGCCUGUAUUAUUUUAUUCAAAUGUGCCAGGAAAAUAAUCAACAGCAUGUUUUUCCUCCCUUAUCAAUAGAAUGGUGGAAAAAAAAUGCCCUCUCUUCAACUGUAAAGGGACAAUCAAGAUCAAAGUUCUGUAAAAUGUUAUUUUAUUCAUAUCAAGGAUAAAUCUUAAAGCUAGAUUUAUCCUCC